AUGGAUCGUGUUGCUAAAAUGCAAAACGAUACUGCAAGUAUGGCCCACGCAGUUAUAGAUGUUGGGGGCAUGACAUGUAUGUCAUGUGUGCGGAACAUUCAGGGGAGAAUCGGCGAUAUUCCUGGUGUGGAACACAUCGAAGUUAGCUUAGAAGGCAAGAAAGCGGAUGUUGUUUUCGACCCGAUUGCGAUUUCUGCUGAAAAGAUCGCCGAAAUUAUCGACGAUAUGGGUUUCAUCGCAUCGGUAUCGAAGUCCGAUUCUUUGGUCUCCGAAUGGAAAGAAUUUUCAUUUCUCGUGGAUAAGACAAUCCCUAGGUGGGAGGAGAAAGUGAAGUACCUCAUCACGGACAAUCCUCACGUCGAAGAUGUUCUCAUCGAUUUCGACGCCGGCAGCAUUGUUGCGAAAUUGGACGUUUCUAAGAUUUCCGAAAACAAACUCGAACGCGAAUUCGAAGAGGCUGGCGUUAAGAUCACUGCAGCAUCAAUUUGCACUCUAAAUAUCAGAGGCAUGACAUGUAUGUCGUGCGUGAAUAAAAUUAAAUCGUAUAUCGAGCGAAAGUCCGGUGUGCUUUACAUCGAGAUAAAUCUGCCAAAGGGAGAGGGGACUGCUUGGUUUUUGCCAGAUGAGAUAAAUGCGGAAGAAAUCCGGGAAGCUAUUGAUGACAUGGGAUUCCCGUGUAACUUCAAAGGGAGUGAAAUCGGCAAGGGUGAUUCUAUCAACGGGCAAGUGGAAGAGUUCUCGCAAGGAUAUCGGUUUUCUAGUGGGACUGCGUCUGAAUCAGUUUCAGUCACGAUGACGAAACAAACGAGUCUGAAACGAGCAACCAUCCGCAUCAGUGGAAUGACUUGCGCUUCAUGCGUUGCUGCCAUUGAAAGACGCGUUGAGAAAAUUCAGGGCAAGUUUUUGCGAGUUUGCAAACAUUUGGUAGAGCUCAACGAAAUGUGCGUCCAUAGCAUUUCAGUCGCACUAAUGGCGGGAAAGGCUGAUGUGAAGUAUGAUUCUGAAGAAAUAUCGCCUGAGUCAAUUGCUGAAGCCAUAUCGGAUGCUGGCUUCCCGGCUUCUGUCAUCGAAUCUGCUAAAACAGAAAAUGGAUCAGUUGUCCUCAGAAUCGGAGGAAUGACUUGUUCCAGCUGCGUGUCCAAGAUUGAAAGUUACUUGAAGAAACAGAGGGGCAUUAUUGAUGUGUCGGUAGCUCUAACCACUCAAAAAGGCAAAGUUUCGUUCGACCCUGAUGUCAUCGGUGCACGAGAUAUAAUAGAGAUUAUCAAUGUGAGUGGCUCAUCAUUUUCCCCGUGUUCUGAAGUUGAGCGGUUAAGUGCUUAUUUUCAGGGCAUGGGAUUCGAAGCAUCUUUAGCGUCCGACGGGGCAGAUCCGUAUGGUAUUGCUGGUCUGAGACACGUAUCAGAAAUAAAUCAGUGGAGAAAUACGUUUCUUCUUGCGCUGACCUUUGCGGUGCCUGCGAUGUCUGUCAUGAUGUACUUCAUGUUUCUUCACAAAAUGUACCCGAAUCGUCAUUUCUGCUGCGUGAUUCCUGGACUUUCUCUGCACAACUUGAUUCUUUUCUGCCUCGCCACUCCGGUUCAAUUUAUCGUUGGCUAUCCAUUUUACGUCGCAGCGAUGGCAGCGCUAAAGCAUCGAUCCACGAACAUGGACGUAUUGAUCAUGUUGGCCACGACAAUCUCUUACGUUUACUCCGUGGGAGUUCUCAUUGCCGCCAUUGCCCUAAGGGAGCAUGACAGUCCGCGAACUUUUCUGGAAAUUCCCCCAAUGUUGCUGGUUUUCAUAUCGUUGGGUCGAUGGCUCGAGCACAUCGCUAAAGGUAAAACCUCGGAAGCGCUGGCGAAGCUCAUGUCUUUGCAAGCGACAGAAGCGACUUUGGUGCAGCUCGGACCUGGCGGAGACGUACUUACGGAAAAAGUCAUUCCUGUGGAGCUUGUACAGAAAAGUGACAUCUUAAAGGUCGUGCCUGGUUCGAAGCUUCCUGUGGAUGGAAAGGUUGUGCGAGGAAUUUCCUCAACCGAUGAGUCAUUGAUAACCGGAGAAUCUAUGCCUGUUGCGAAGCGGCCAGGUUGUACCGUGAUCGGUGGAUCGAUCAAUCAAAACGGCUUGUUGUUCAUCAGAGCAACUCAUGUCGGUUCGGAAUCUGCUCUUGCCCAAAUCGUGAAACUAGUCGAAGAAGCGCAAACGUCGAAAGCGCCCAUUCAGCAGCUAGCGGAUAAAAUCGCGGGAAUAUUCGUUCCCAUCGUUUGCGGGGUUUCAUUGUUGACCUGCAUCAUUUGGUUAACAAUCGGCUACGUGGACGUUACCAUCAUUGAACCGACGUUUUACACUAAUCCUGCGGGGUACAGCAAGCAUGAAGUCAUUUUCCAGUUCGCGUUUUUGUGUGCGUUGAGCGUCUUGAGUAUUGCUUGUCCGUGUUCCUUGGGACUUGCGACCCCAACCGCGGUGAUGGUCGGGACUGGUGUUGGUGCUACGAAUGGAAUCCUUAUCAAAGGGGCAGAAGCUCUGGAAAACGCGCAUAAGGUGAAAUGUCUCGUUUUCGAUAAAACGGGAACCAUUACCAAAGGAAAACCUGCUUUGAGCAAGCUCUGCGUCUUUGUCCCGGAGUCCGUUAUGUCAAUAGCUGGAAUCAUCGCGGUUACAUCGACGGCCGAGAGCAAUUCGGAGCAUCCGAUCGCCACUGCAGUAGCAAAGUUUGGUGCCGAUGUAUUGAAAACUAUCCGUGGAGAGAAUUCUGGUCGUUCGCCAAUCGAAGAAGAAUCGGAAGGAAAGCCCGAAUUUUCUGGUCUGGGCAAAAGUGACAAGUUCAUGGCUGCUCCAGGCUACGGUCUCAAAGUGGUUGUUUCUCAGAUUGAAGGAGUUGUUCGGGAAAUCAGUUCCCACAGUUUGAUCAAGAAUCUCUUGAAUCAAGGAAGAGAAGACUGCGGGCCACGAAUAUUUCGUCAGUACUCUUCGCUGAUUUUAGAAAGAGUUAAUUCUCACUCCGAAGAUGUAAUUCUACAGGUGGUCAUUGGGAAUCGAGAAUGGAUGAAAAAGAACGGUGUCGACGUUUUGCCUCAGGUUGAUUCCCUGAUGACCGAAUAUGAGCAUCAGGGUCAAACCGCAGUCUUGUGUGCCGUCAACGGGACAAUGGUUGCCCUUCUUGUUGUUUGCGAUCCUGUAAAACCAGAAGCCCAUUUAGCCAUAUAUCAAUUGAAGAAGCGCAAUCUUGAGAUCAUUCUCCUGACCGGUGACAAUAUUCGUACCGCGAGAGCCAUUGCCAGUCAAGUUGGAAUUCCGCGCGUUUUCGCCGAGGUGCUUCCAGCGCACAAAGUGAGCAAGAUAAAAAGCUUGCAGAGCGAAGGCAAACGAGUUGCCAUGAUUGGAGACGGUGUUAAUGAUUCGCCGGCUUUGGCGCAAGCUGACGUGGGAAUUGCGAUCGGGUCAGGGACAGAUGUUGCUCUGGAAGCCGCCGACAUCGUGCUGAUUCAGAAUAAUCUACUUGAUGUUCUGGCUUGCCUGGAUUUGUCACGAAAAACAGUUCGCCGCAUUCGCAUGAACUUUAUUUUUGCGUCCGUGUACAACCUUGUGGGGAUCCCGAUUGCCGCAGGCGCAUUCCAUCCGUUCAACUUCGUUCUCAUGCCGUGGAUGGGAUCAGCCGCAAUGGCUGCGAGUUCUGUGUCCGUGGUUUGCUCGUCGCUCUUGUUGCGUAGAUUUCGUAAACCUAAGCAAGAAGACCUUAUGACUGUCGAAUACGUACAAGCAAUGCGAGCGAGAGCAAUGGCGUUGGAUGAGGACGAGAUUUCUCUUCAUCAUGGUCUCGAGCUUGACUUACCCCGCAAGAACACUUCUUCUACUUGGAGCAGCCGGCCGACUGCCGCUCGAAUGGUUUGACACCACCGCUUGUCUAUGAAUUUUUCGUGUAACGUGAACACUGUCUCACAGCUUUAAAAUCUUGAGAAUUCCGCGGAUUUGUGCGAAAUAACAUGAAAUGGGGGCUGACUGGAUGGUGGGCGGUUCAAUCAGAAAGAGGUUUUGGAGUCGUUGCGGAUGAGCUCUGGCACGUAAUUAUAUCUCUCUGGUUUUUUUUCCUUGCUGCUCGUUGCUAACUCACUGGUCCCGUAAAUCUUCUGGAAUGUUUCCCUGAAAUGUUCGCUAACACUCAAAUUUCGUUUCUCCGAAUGAAUGUAAAUACUGUUCCGUGGUGAUUAUUUCCUCAUUCGCAGGAGCCAGUUUUGUCCCUUAGAAAUCCCUGUCGACUGAAGCUUUCUCGGGAUCCGCAACUAACGAAUUUAUAUGCAUCGCUCUACUCAAAACCCUUCUUCCAAUAUACCAUUUAGUCAAUAUUAGCUCUAGAAAAAUUAACAGUUUUGAGUGACUCGGACGAAGUUGAGGAGUUCAUUGUUGUUAACUUCAUUGUUUGUUCAUCGUGCCUGAAUCGGGUGAUAUUCGAAGGAAGUGCUCGAACGGAUUUUGCUGCUUGAACGCGGUGAUCGUUGAGAAUACUUCAUCCGCUAGAUGGUUCCGUGGAAAUUUCCGUGAUCGAGUAAUCGAUAAAAUCACGUGAAUUAUCUUGAUUUCGGAAGUUGAGUCUCAAUGCAAGUAACGAAUUUAUUUUUUUUUAUUGGAGGAUAUUCACUUCAGAAAGCCGCAAAUAUGGUAUCUUGCUUCGCGGUUUAGUAGAGAUAUUCUUGGGUUUUGGAUUUUUUUAGUGAUUUUCGAGGCAAUUCUGAAUUUUUAGAUGCAUUUAGUCCUGUUGCUAUAUCGGCAAGAACUUCGAGCGCACAGUUUUGGUGUGUCGCCUGCUUUCCGCCGAAAUUCGCGUUUUUGCUUGCUGCAUCUGGUGAAUUCUCGAAAUGACUUCGUGUUGAAUCUUUUGAACAAAUUUUCUUUUACCGUUUCCUUUCAUGGGGAUUUCAGAAUCUUAAACAAGUUGGACACCGGUCGAGGAAAAUGGGAUCAUCAUUUGAUUCCUACCGAAGAUCCUGACAAGGCAGGUGUGCUCGUGGACUCAGACGAGGAAGAUUUGGAUGAAUCCGCCCAGAAGCACCGAUCAGUGAUGAUAAUUUAAGUCAAAUGUGUCUGAAUUUCGAAAACAGAAAAAAACUAGCUUCUUACGUUUUUCUUCUGUUUUUUUCGGGGUUUGUGAUUGUAUCCGAUUUUCGUCAUGGUUGUCACUGUCGCUCUGCUUGCCGGUAUCAAGGUGCUGUUUCGAUUAGGUCUCUAGUUUUCACUUUUUUUUCGGAAAACGUUGGUCAGUUUUGAGGCUUUUGAAAGUUGAGGAAAUAUUUUAAUUUAUUGGAAUGUUGUGUGUGACUCGCCUUGCCAACCGUGCUCUGGCCGGAGCGUUUCUUUGUGUGACAUUUCGUCAUUCCUGUGCAGUAUUUUUUCAGCGGCUGAUCGAUGUGAUUUGAGGUUGACCGUGUGCUGGGAGUUUUCGUUUGAUGAAGAGUGAGUGAAAACCGGCUGUGCGGAUAAGAAAUAUCUGUUGCAAAUUCGUUUCCAUUGCCGCUUGCCCUCCUGAAACGCGUGUUCGCUUGUGCACAAAACGUACUUAAUUGGCUAAUGCUAGUUUCCUUUUCUUUUCGUGAGAGGGGCGAAUUCUGUGGGCAUGUCAUUCACUGGUUCAAGAAAGAGACUGUGCUAUUCAAUAACGAGGGAUUUUUUUUGGUAUUCGAGCUCUGUGCCAUGAUCGGUUAAUCUUUACUCAAAGGGGGAUAAUCUGCCAUUAUUAUUUGAAUUACGCGCAUGGGUUGGUUCAAAAGUUCCGCCAGUUCCUAGGCUUCAUUUUUUUCUGACAUAAUGAUGGAAAAGAUGGAUUUAAUUUAUUGAGUUUACAAAUAUUUUUGUUUAAUUGUUAACUGCUAUUUCAAUUUUUCCUCAUCCAGAUAGAUAUUAUAGAAAUGAUGAAGAAUCACAAAUUACGCCGCGCUAAUGUGAUUGAAUACGAUUUUAACCUGACACUCUUGCAUGUCUAAUAAAUUUGCAAGCAGUCGUCGGUUUAUAGAAAUAAAAAUUAUUCUCGUUUAUGACCAUUUCCCAGGACAGAAAAACAUGUUCCGCGUAAAAUUUAUUAUGGUAUCCACGAUUUAAGUGAUGAUGUUGAAUGCCGAAAUCGCUCUUAAAGCUUGAUUGUUGUUCAAAAACAUUGCUAUGAUCGCUAUGAAAAAAAAGUUGCGAAUUGGCAGAGGCCUUCUCAAGGUCCUGUUUUUGAUUCCAUAGUGGUUCGGAUGAUUUUUGUGUCAAGAAGGGUAGAAUAACUUCGAUGGGAGCUGAAACUUUUGAUCCGUCCCUCGUCAUGUAUAUCUUUCAUUUUUCAUCUUCCGUGUGCGUGAUUUUACAAGUUUGUUUUGCCUCCUGUAGGCGUUGGAAGCGAUUUUUGUGCUUACCUGCAAUGCGAUUUCAAAGGAAUACUUGCUUGACGCUGAAAUUUUCGUGCUGAGACGGCUGAUGCUCCGAAGGAAAACUGUCCUAUGUUUCUUAGGGAGAGACUUGAGAAUUCUCUCGGGGUGCUAGAAUUUUCAAGGAAAGGAACAUUGCAAUAAUGACGUUCCUGGCGUAUGUUUAUUUUCUUCUGGGCUCCGCGUUCGAUUUUCUUUGGUUUGAUUUACCUGGGUUUGGUGGAACGACUGUUCCGCGGAAUUAUUUUGGGUUCUGAGUGACGUUCAGAGUUUGCAGGGUUUCCGCGUAAUUCUUGUCGGAAUUAUUCAACUACCGUAUGUGAUGGGGAGAAACUCAAGGGGAGCUUACCGUUCUAUUUAUGUAGCGGAAAAUAUAAAAAUUUGAAAAUGCAUCCUUUUUUCUGACAGA